AUGGCUGAAGCAAAUCUUAAUUAUCAAAUAAUUAAAACAACACAUGCAGCACGUGAAGCUGAUGAUCAAAGAAUUGAAAAUCGGAAGAAAAAUUUAAUUAUACUUAUUCUUCAAUGGCUUGUUGAUGAAGGUUAUAUUGAAUCUGCAAGACAAUUAGAAUGUGAAACAAAUCUUGAUGUUAGUAAAUAUGAUGUUUGUGAUAAUAUUGACUUAUAUACAAUUAUUCAAGAAUAUGAAUCUUAUUUUUAUGUUAAAUUUAAUCGAUAUCCAAAAUUAACGAAAAAACAUGGACCAUCGACUGCAGCAUUUAUGAAUAAAAUAUCUUCAAAAAUAUCUAAUGCGCAACCAUCUAAUCGUCGUCCACAAAUACCACCAAUACCUCGUAUUAUUAGUAAUGGUACAGAAUCUUCUACUAGUCCUUUGAAUCGUUUACCAUCGGCUGGUGAAGCUCUUCGACGAAAUGCAAGUACUGGUAGAGUUAAUCAAUCAAAUUCCGAUAAAUUUAGUGCACAUUCAACACCACCAUCAGGCUUACAACGACAAAGUUCUACACAACCAUCAGUAAAUAAUAGUAAUAAUCAUUCAACGAAUUCACUUGAAGAAAUGAAUCUUUCAUUUAUGAAAGUUUUACCAGUUAAAUCAUCAGCAAAUGAACAACAACAACAACAACAACAACAACAACAACAAAAUGGAAAUAAGAAAAAAAAUACAAUAGUCGAUUCACGUCCUAUUCUCAAUGAUACAAUGCGUGUAAAUGUUGCAGACAGUAUUGAUCCAACUGAUCGUCUAUUAAAACCAUUAGGUGGUUAUAUUGGUUACAGUUCUGAAUGGCGUGAAUUAGCUCAAGUAAUUAGUCGAGUAAGUCAAACAAGAUAA